UGUGGCUGUUUCUACAGCUCAGUAGCUCUGCCUGGCCUGUGAUCAGCCUGCUCUUCAUGGAGAGAAGAAGAAGUGUUAUUGUGUUAUUGACUGUGCGUUUGUUUAUUCCAUGUGUAACUCUGUGUUGUUUUUUGUCGCACUGCUUUGAUUUAUCUUGGUCAGGUCGCAGUUGUAAAUGACAACUUGUUUUCAAAAAGCCUACCUGGUUAAGAAAAGGUGAAAUCAUUUGUAUAUUUUUUAAAGUGAAAACAUGACUAGGACAUGGAGUUUACAAACAUGUCCUCAACCCAUACUCUGAGAGCUUUAACAUCUACUGGUGGGCUUCCAAUGUGGAUGUUGCUUCUUCACCUCUACAUAAGAUAUGAUGUUGCAGAAGACAUCAGAGUAGUUGGACGAGUAGGAAACUCCAUAUUCCUUCACCCUAAAAUGCACUUACACGCCAAGAUCUCUGACGUAAGAUGGAAAUAUGUUAAUACAAAUAUGUUAAUAGCUAGAAAUGGUACGCUUGUUAAUUUAACGGAUAGGUGUGAGAUCUUUCUAAAUGGUUCACUGAAGUUUAAUGAAGGACUGAAAAAAGACAGUGGAAAUUAUACUGUGCAACAAUACAGUGAAAAUGGAGAUUUUCUAUCCGAGCAGCACAUUGAGCUCAGUAUUCUAGAACCCGUCUCCAAACCAAAGGUGAGAACCUCCUGUACUUUUCAUGGGAGAGUUGUUCUGACCUGCUCUGUUGAUAAAGGAGACAGCGUUGUGAUGAACUGGACCGAGCAGCCAUAUGCCUGGACAGGGUCCAAUCAGACCCUGAGCUCAGGUCCUGUUCUAUUCCUGGACAGCUAUACGCCUGGAAACCUGACCUGUGUGGCAAUGAACGAAAUAAGUGAAGAAUGCUUCAGUCCAGUUGUCCCGACAUGCAGAGGUCGCACAUCAGCGGUGGCUGCAUUUGGGCUCUUUGCAUUUGCAAUGACGACACUGGCCGUCGCCAUUCUAAAUUUGAAGAUGAGGUGUCAGAAAAAGAAAAAAGGUAAAAAUCUGACUGAAUAUGUGGAGGAGAACAACUACAUUGAGAUGCGUGGGAAUUUAUGCAACAAAUGUCCUCAGGAGGAGACCACAAUCCACCUGGACCAAGACACCUCCCAUUACGUUAACUCACAGCAGAGAAUUUCACACAGUACAUUUCCAUCACAGUUUAUUAAGUGAUAGUUAAUAAGACUUAAAGUUAGUGCAUUCAUCUUAAGUUAGUUGGUGAGACAACCACAUAUCACAGUCGUCGUCAUUUCAUCAUAGUUUGUGUACAGUAACAAGUAUUUUAUUUUAACACCGCUUUAUGAUUAUGAAUGUAUAUUUUGUAAGAUGUUGAAAUUGUAUGCAACUACGCACCGUAAUUACUGAUCAUUUUUUACAAUUCAUUAUGGUGUAUUUCUGUGAUAGAUGUAUUUUUGUUGUAUAGUCGUAGAGCCUAGAGAAGUGACAUAUAAUGCAACGGUUGUUGUCGGGAAUAGAGGACCAAAACGCAGCAGGAAUGUGGAUGCUCAUCUUGUAUUUAUUUUUAAAUAAAAAG